AUGGUGGACAUCGGCCUGCCCGACGCAAAUCUGGCUGAGGCGAUUGCCGAGUCGGUGCGCCGUGACACCGACCUUGACGCUGCCCGCGCACCCAGAAAGCGCCGCGCUGUGACGCAUGACGAUUCCGACACUCCCUCUCAGACAUCUGAAGUAGCGAGGCCGCGGAAGAAGGCCUCCAGGGCCUCCCGCACCUCCACCACGGAGUCUGGGAUGACUAUCGCGGGCUCCUCCCGGAGCACCGCCACGCAGAAAUCGACGAAGACAACGCGGCAGCCCACUCGUUCACCUGCCGCUUCCCGGCAGCCGGACGAGGACGGUAUUGUCGCCCCACCCCGGCGGCACACUGCCAGGGCUGCUGCGCUGCAGCAGCCAACCCCGCUGCUGACCGCCAACACGUUUGCGGGCGCCAGCGUCGAUGCGAUGGAGGAUGGCGCCGUGCCUCUGGCGCCAGCCCAAAAGAAGCCGCCGCCUAUCGUCAUCCAAUGGGCCGGCGAGUACAAGGAGUUCCAGCACAAACUGGACAGGGUGGCCACGUCCACCGCUGUCAAGAACGCUGGCCGUGACCUCUACAAGGUCACAGUGUCGUCCAACGAGGAGUUCCGCGCGGUGAUGGACUCCAUUUGCAAAGAUGGCCUCCCGUGCUACACGCACCCCUCCGAGCCGCUCAGACUUCUGAAGGUGGUGCACACGUCCACCAGCUUUGCUGCCGCCACCAAGGGAGGACCAUCAGACUCCACCACCCGAAGUUCGGCACAGGUGGAGGGCGAGACGCAGCAACCGACCGCGCCGUCCACGGCUUCACCCGUGGGGGUUGCCGCCCCGCGCAGGCGUCGACGGCGCGCGGGCCGGGCCACUCCUGCCGCUGCACAACGGACUGCCGACGACACUCUGCCGCUGCAGAGGACGGCACCUCGUGCUGCGCCGCAACCGCGACCGGCUGCCGAUGCUCCACGGCAGUCGCCUACUACGGAGCGGCCGCAACCGGCCGCCCCAGUGGCGGAGGCCGCCCCAGCGGCCCCCACCGCCCCCUUGGCCACCGACAAAUUUGUAUGUGCUUCCUUCACCACUGUACCUGCCAGUCAGAUGGCAUCUGGGAAAGCAGCACUGACUAAUUAUUAUGCCAGCUAG